CAGUGCUGUCGGCUCGGCGGCCAGACCCUGGAGCUGCGGGCCGGUCCGCGCUUUCUCUGGGCUCCAGCCUCGACCGUCCGCUCAGCCCUCGGCGUCGCCGCUGGCGCCGCCGCCCGACCCGCAGGCCGCCGCGGGCUGCGGAGCCCAUGAAGGCGCGGGCCCCGCCGCCGCCUACGCGGCGCCGCCGUCGUUUGAGAGCGCCCCGCGCCGGUGCGGGCAUGGCCGCGGCAUGAGGUCGGAGCCGGCGCCGGAGCCGGAUUCCGAGGCGGGAGCCAUGCUGGAGAAGCGCGCGGGCGUGCAGGCCGCGAGCGGCAGCUGGCUACAAGGCUUUGGCCGACCAAGUGUAUACCAUGCUGCUGUUGUCAUCUUCCUUGAAUUCUUUGCGUGGGGCCUGCUGACAACUCCAAUGUUGACUGUUCUACAUGAAACAUUUCCUCAACACACAUUCCUCAUGAAUGGUCUCAUUCAAGGUGUAAAGGGCCUGCUGUCUUUUCUGAGUGCCCCGCUCGUAGGCGCUCUGUCUGAUGUGUGGGGGAGGAAGUCCUUCCUCCUGGCCACUGUCUUCUUCACCUGCUUCCCAAUCCCGCUGAUGAGGAUCAGCCCGUGGUGGUAUUUUGCGAUGAUUUCUGUGUCUGGAGUCUUCUCGGUCACAUUCUCUGUGAUAUUUGCCUAUGUAGCUGAUGUCACUCAGGAGCAUGAGCGAAGUACUGCUUAUGGAUGGGUCUCAGCCACCUUUGCAGCUAGUCUGGUCAGCAGCCCAGCCAUUGGAGCAUACCUUUCUGCCAGUUAUGGAGACAGCCUUGUUGUGCUGGUGGCCACAGUGGUGGCUCUUCUGGACAUCUGCUUCAUCUUACUGGCUGUUCCAGAAUCUCUGCCUGAGAAAAUGAGACCAGUUUCCUGGGGAGCUCAGAUUUCUUGGAAACAAGCAGACCCUUUUGCGUCAUUGAAGAAAGUUGGAAAAGAUUCUACUGUCUUGCUAAUCUGCAUCACUGUGUUUCUUUCAUACCUUCCUGAAGCUGGACAGUAUUCGAGUUUUUUUCUCUAUCUCAGACAGGUCAUAGGUUUUGGAUCUGUUAAAAUUGCAGCAUUCAUAGCUAUGGUAGGAAUUCUGUCUAUUGUGGCUCAGACAGUCUUUCUUAGCAUCUUGAUGAGAUCAUUAGGGAAUAAGAAUACUGUCCUCCUUGGCUUGGGCUUCCAGAUGCUCCAGCUAGCCUGGUACGGUUUUGGAUCUCAGGCCUGGAUGAUGUGGGCAGCGGGGACUGUGGCUGCCAUGUCCAGCAUCACCUUUCCAGCAGUCAGUGCCCUCGUCUCUCGGAAUGCAGAGUCGGAUCAGCAAGGAGUUGCCCAGGGGAUCAUAACUGGAAUAAGAGGACUAUGCAAUGGCUUGGGGCCAGCACUGUACGGCUUCAUAUUCUAUAUGUUCCACGUGGAACUGACUGAGUUGGGCCCAGAGUUGAACUCUGACAAUGUUGCCCUGCAGGGAGCUGUCGUCCCAGGCCCACCAUUUUUAUUUGGGGCCUGUAUAGUUCUUACAUCUUUUCUGGUUGCCUUAUUCAUCCCUGAAUAUAGUAAAGCCAGUGGAGUUCAAAAACACAGCAACAGCAUCAGCGGCAGCCUGACCAACACUCCAGAACGGGGCAGUGAGGAGGACAUUGAGCCACUGCUGCAAGACAACAGCAUCUGGGAGCUCUCUUCCUUUGAGGAGGCUGGGAAUCAGUGCACUGAGCUGUAAACUCAGCAGAAAGGAGGCUCUGCGGAUACCGUCUCUGAGAGCUGUGGAGAGAGCCACUCCACAUGGAGACUUCUUGGUGCUGGGGAGAGAUGCUAGUGGUGUCCUUCAGGGCCAAGUUUGAUAAUUGACCCCUCCAUCCCUCUGCCCACUUUCCUCUUACUCCUCAUUCUUUCUCUUCCAUUCCUUUUAUUCCAUUCUUUUUCUUUCAGUUGUGUGCAUUAGAACAAGGUAAUGUGCAACUCUCAAGGUUAUCUGGAAUCAAAUAGAAAAAGUAUGAUCUCUGGUAGAAAGGAUGAGUAUAAAAAGUUUUCUUUUUAUAACUCUGGAGUAACAGUGACAGCAGUCUUUCCAUGCCCUUUUUAGCAGAAGGUGCAGGAUUGUAGUGGAACUACCAUCUCUGGCAAGAUUUCGUGUAAAAAAAAAAAGAAAAGAAAAGAAAAAUUCCUUCCUGUUUCUCUAAAUUAUUCUUUCUUAGCCCGUAGGUGUUGAUGAGUGGCCACUCUGAAGAGUCACUCAUUAUCAGGGAUCUGUUGCCUUUGUUCAAAGAUCAAUCAAAAACCUAAUUUUAUUGUCCCUUUAUUUUCUUUAUUUACAAUUCUUGGCUAGAAUGAAAUUCAGCAUAUGCACCUCUGGACAUUAAUAAUGUUGAUCACCGAUUACCUUUACCAGAUGGACGUUUUUCUUAUAAAUUUCAGUCAUGUAGAACUUGCAACUCAACUUUCUGGACCUAGUGUCCUGGUCAGAUCCAAGGUGAUUUUACAGGAGAAAAAAACACAUCAGCCAUUCUGGUGGCAACAGAAAUUGGAGGGUGCUUCUAAAAAAUUUUUUUAACAAUUUGGACAUUCCUAAAUGAGGAUGAGAAUUAGUAACUGGAUACCAGUGGAGUUGAUGUCCAGGUUCAGACUCAUAAUGCUCCUUCCUUCAUCUUCCAUUUCUUGCUUCUCAACCAGUUUUUCUCAUCCAUCACACUCUUGCCUUAACUGCUCUGUUGUAUGCAUUUGUUUUCAAUUAAUCUUUAUUUCAAUCUAUUUAUAUGACUUUUGAAUCUCAUGGGCAUACGCACAUCAAAUUCCUUUCUAAAAUAUGAUGGUAUAGUGAAGCUAAGUUUCACAAUAGUGUCUUGCUAAUUUUUUGAGAUGUUUUAUGGACAAAGAAAAAUUUACAAAUUUAUAUGUAUUUUCUGCACCAGUAAAUGGACCAUUAACUAGGGCCCACCUCUAACAGAGCACUCCUUUGAAAGUUUUAUAGGUAUGAAAUAUAUGUAGAUAUUUGUAAGGGGUUUUUUUUUUUUUUUUAAUGGGGUGCUUGUAAAUCUUGUAUUUAUAAAUGUAAUGAAGGUAUUGACAGAAAAAAUAUAUACAACUUUUAUAAAGGAUUGUGUACUGACUGAAUAUGUUUAAAAGGAAAUAUAUUUUGAAACCUGUUCUGCCAUGAACAGAGGUAACGUAUCUU